AUCUCGUUACACGUUUGGCACCUGUGUGUCGCCUACGAAUGACAUCAUUUUCAAGUUCGGCCAUUUGGCGUUUGAGCAAUAAUGGCUGUACUAUUAGAAACAACAUUGGGGGAUAUCGUUAUAGAUUUGUACACUGAAGAAAGGCCAAAAACUUCUCUGAACUUUCUGAAGUUAUGCAAAAUUAAAUUUUACAACUACUGUCUCAUUCACAAUGUUCAGAGAGAUUUCAUUGUACAGACUGGAGACCCCAGUGGGACUGGCCGGGGUGGGGAAUCUGUAUUUAGCAUGCUGUAUGGCGAUCAAGCACGCUUUUUCGACUCGGAGAAAGUACCCCGGAUCAAACACAGGAAAAAGGGAACAGUCUCCAUGGUGAACAAUGGCAGUGACCAACACGGAUCUCAGUUCCUUAUCACCACAGGAGAGAAUUUAGACUACCUGGACGGGGUUCACACUGUGUUUGGAGAAGUAACAGAAGGCAUGGAUGUCUUAGCCAAGAUCAAUGAGGCAUUUGUGGACAAGGAUUUCAUCCCUUUCCAGGACAUCAGAAUUAACCACACUGUGAUACUGGACGACCCCUUUGAUGAUCCAGCUAAUCUGCCAGUUCCAGACCGCUCCCCUGAACCAACCAAAGAGCAGUUGGAUAGUGGCCGAAUCGGGGCGGACGAAGCUAUAGACAACGACCAGGGGAAGGCUGAGGAGGAAAUCGACGAGCUGCUGAAGGAGAAGGAGGCGAAGACUCAGGCCAUUUUGCUGGAGAUGGUGGGUGACCUGCCCGAUGCUGAGGUGAGACCACCUGAGAACGUUCUGUUUGUGUGCAAACUCAACCCGGUCACCACAGACGAAGACCUGGAAAUCAUCUUCUCUCGCUUUGGCCUCAUCAAGAGUUGUGAGAUAAUCAGGGACUGGAAAUCUGGAGAGUCACUUUGUUAUGCUUUCAUUGAGUUUGAAAAGGAGGAGGACUGUGAAAAGGCCUACUUCAAAAUGGAUAACGUGCUGAUUGAUGACAGAAGGAUACAUGUGGAUUUCAGCCAGUCUGUGUCCAAAAUUAAAUGGAAAGGCAAAGGUGGGAAGUACACCAAGGACGACUUCAAGGCUUAUGAGAAAGAUGUGGAAAACCGAACCAAACUAGCUCUCAAAGACCAAUUAAAGCCCAGCCAAGAAUCCAAGUACGACCUUGUGUUGGAGGAAGAGGAAGAAGCGGCACGCAACCAGCAUUCUGGGAAAAAGCACAAAGAGAAGAGGAGACAUUACUCCAGUGAUGAGGACAGCAGAAGGUCAAAGAAAUCCAAGGACAGUGACAGGAGCAGGCACGAGAGGAAAGCUGACCGACGCCGAUCGCGGUCACGGUCACGGUCCCGGUCCCGGGGCAGAGACAGGCACCACCACGGUAAGCCCCGGGAGAAGCAGCACCAGGAGCAGAGCCGGAGGGAGCACAGUCGCAGCCACAGCCCCAGGAAGGCCAAGGACAAGGACCGCAGCAGGCACCGGUGACCCCAGGAGAGCCCCCUCACAGGGCCCCUGGGCUGACCUCCACGGACACCUACCCAGCUACGUCAACAGUAGCACGUCUUUACAUAUCUCAACGUGUCCACACGCUUCUCGUCAUUGUCAUGUGCUCACGGUUCCCCAGACUAUUAACAGGAACAGUCUGAGUGAAAGGGAGGACUAGGUACCAUCUGUAUUUUAAUGCCAGAUCGUUUAGACCCUGUGGCCUACGCUGCUUUGUGCCAAUUCAUUUUGUCUGCCACCCGUUUUGCUUCCGGCUGUUUGUAGUGACCUUUAGCUUUUCUGUAACUCCACAGAUAACUCUGUUUUCCGAUCUUAUUGGCCUCCAGCUGUCUAGUGACCUUUUCGUUUGUCUAUUUCUGUAUCACAGGCAACUCUGUUUUCUUAUUGGUCCCUCCCUACAUUAUUGCUUUCUUUGAGGCUGGAAGUGUUUAAUGCCGGGUUCUGUUCUUGUGAAGUUAUUGACAGGAUAGAUCUCUACCUCGAGUAUAAUUACAAAUCUUGAGAUCAUAUCUUCCGUAAAGCAAAAAAAAAAGGGUGUAAAGGUUCAAACGCGAGUAAACGAGUAUCACGCUACAUACUUGGUCUGAAGGACCACAUUCCACAAUUGAUCUUGCAUACAUUGUAUUACCCAAUUGUUUCAGUGUGUACAUUGCUGUAGUUAUUUACAAAUGAGGAAAUUGAUUGCCCUUUUAUAAAAUUGCUUUUGUACAAUAAACACAAUGGGUGUGCGGGAAGAAAA